UCCUGUAUUAUGUGAGCAUCAGAUACAGUUUCUGAUUGGCUGUGAUUUUGUCACUUGGUGCCGCAGUUUUGCUUUCAGUGAUGACAAUUACUUGAUGCUAGAAAUUUGUCACAUCACACUUUGUGCAAUGGCACUUGGUGGUAUGCCUUGGUUAGUUUUAACAUGGAGAAUACAGCACAUCCUCUGUACUCUGUAAGUUUUCCAUGUUAUAUACUUUUAGUGUAGACAUUGUACCUGAGCAAUAGAAUGCCAAUGUUGGGGCUUUGUCCAGUAAUCAACUGAACUUUCUAUCUAGGGCACUAUACAUAUUUGUAUCAGAGAAAUCACAUGCAGCAUUUAGCUGGUGCUGGAAUCACUAUACUAGUUUGCAUCCCAUCUUAUAAAAAUAUUUUUUAUAAUAAUAAUUUAGCCUUUUAUAGUGUAAAAGUUUUACACCAAUAGUUAAUCCCUUAUGAUUGCCUUACUUCUUUUAAAUCAUUUUGCAGAUUCACAUCUGUGGAGGAAAAAAGACAAUUGAGUUGGAAUAUAGGGUGAUCAUUUAUUAGUCACCUCAUCUAAGAAAGGGAGGAUCUUUAAUGCAGAGAUAUCAACUGUGGUUGGUUCUGUGAAAAGCAAGAUAAGAUACAUUUGCAAGUCUAACAAAUUUCUUAAAGCUCUUAACCAUUGCUUAUCUUUGCCAACUAGGAAAAACACUGUGAAUCAAAGUUAGGUUAGUUUUGCCUAAAUAAAAAAGAAAUGAAGUUUGUACAAAGGAUACUUUUCACAAUACUGUUAGUCGGAUUUCCAAAUUUUCCAUUGUGCUCAUCUCGUUUUUAUUACAUCGUCAAUGAGUUGAAGACUUGGCCUGAUGCUCAAAACUACUGCAGAACAUACUUUUAUGAUUUAGCAACAUUUGACAGCCAGGCAGAGCAAGAUCAAGUUGUUCAAACAAUUGUGAGCCAAGGUUACACGGAUAGUGUUUGGACAGGCAUAUAUGAUGAUCGCUACAGCUGGAGAUGGUCCAACGUUCAGAAAAAUGCAACAUACACUAACUGGGGGAAUCAACAACCAGACAAUUAUCAAGGAAGAGAGCCUUGUACUUACAUGUAUUCCUCAGGAGCUUGGUAUGAUGUGCCAUGUACAUGGUAUCAAUAUUUCCUGUGUUAUAAUGCCACAACAAACACAACUGUCCUGAUCACUCUGUCUAAAACUUGGACUGAUGCUUUGAAGUACUGCAGACAGUAUCACACAGAUUUGGCUGCAAUUGAAAAUCAAGCUCAGAAUGAACAACUCCGUCUGUUGAAUCCAAAUGGGUUUGCAGUUCACAUUGGUUUAUACAGAGACACCUGGAAGUGGUCGGAUCAGAGUAUCCCCUUAUUCAGUCCUUGGUGUCCCGCUGAACCAAAUAAUUAUGGAGGAGCAGAGUAUUGUGCAAAACUGUCUUUGUCUUUGUCAUGUUGGAGUGAUAUACCAUGUACUCAAAACUACAGAUUUGUCUGCAGCAGUGCACAGAAGAUGCAAAUACUGAGAGUGCAAGUGCAGGCAACAUCGAACCUUAAUAUUAAUUAUUUUAGAAGCACGUUUUUGCAGCAGUUCCAGCAAGCACUGAGGGCACAUGGACUGCCGAACAACACCAAGGUGACACUGAGGACACAACCUGAUGGAAAAAUAUUCCACAUCAAGAAUGUUGCAAUCCAGAAAAAGGUCACACAAUGUCCAGCUGGUUAAAAAUAAGAAUGGCUCAAAUAAUCAACUUACAUGUCUACACACUGUACACAAUAUGUUAUGUUAAAAAUGAAUAAACUAAAUGCAAACAGCCUAAAAAAAAAAAUAAAAAAAAGGAAUUUUGUUAGCACACUUUUGUAGCUUUGUAGUUAUGAAAGCUGGUAUAAACUAGUAUAGCUUCAAAUAGCUUGAAUGUCUUAUGAAUUAAUUAUGUUAUAAAUAAUGUUGCCCUGUUUAUUUUUCUAUCCAAAUGGACUGUGUGAAGUGCUUGGGGUAGUCGAAUAUCAGGCUCACAAAAUUGGUGGCAGCAUAUACAUUUAAAAGAACCCUGCAUGUCUAGAAAAUAGGCCCUAGAUCUAGAGAAGUAGCUAAUUAGCUUGGGUUUGGAGAUCAAACAUAUUGGGGUGCAAUUACACUUGUUUGCUCUUGACACAUACUGUAUGCAGAGCGCUGUAUGAGACUCUCAGGGCAAGCGUCAAGCAUGAGGAAGUGUAAUACAAUUUCUCUCAAGAAUGUUUCGAGAAUGCAGAUGUCAAGAUAUAUAGUAAUCUAGAAGUUACAUUUUGGUCUGUUUCUCACCCAAAACCAAUAUCACCACUUCAGAAGACAUGGAUUAAACCACUGGAGUCGAAAGGAUUUCCUUUAUGCGUCCUUUUUGGAGAUUAAAAGUUUUGGACCCCAUUUACUUGUAUUUUAAGGAUAUGAACACAUCAUGACUUUCACAUGUCAUGUUUUCUGCAUAUGAAAGAAAGUCAAAUUGGUGACUACAUAAGGUUAAAUUAUGAGAAUUAUUAUUUUUGGGUGAACUAUUCCUUUAAUUUGAAAAAGCUUAGCACAUAUUUGUUCUAAUUGCUCUUUGUUCACAGUAAGUUAUAAAAACUCAUAUCUAAUGCAAUUCAAACAGUAAUCUUGACUUGACUUGGCAACUAUUAGAAUACUUGUUAUUUUGACCCUAUCACAAUCACUUACUAAUAUGACAUAUUGUAAGCCUGUGACUUUAGAACCCUGAGAUUUGUGAGCAUGUUGAAACACAAUAGAUCAA